UGGAUAGGAGAUUCUCAGGCAGCUGCAAUAAAACUUGAUGUGUGAAGCCAGAAGAAGACACAGAAACAGAGCGAGGCAACGCAGCAGAGAUCAGCUCCACACUGAAGAUGCAGUUCUGCUUCUGUUUGCUGCUCCCCGGCCUCCUGUCCUUCACUCUGCUCCGCUGCAGCGUCGACGGCCUCAGAGUCCAACCGCAACCUGCUCGGCAGGUAGACCAGCCCAUUUUGAGAUUUCAUGCAGCCCCUCAGUCCCGCCCUGUAGGUGUGAAGGUGGGGGAGGAGCUGACAGCAAAACUGCUCCAAUCGGAUCACCUGAUGAGGAUGGAAAAUGAUGUCAUGGAGCCAAAGAGGAAGAGGAGCUUUCCCAUCAACAACGUCCCGCUGGACCGCCUGUCCAUCAGCUCCAUGGAAACGAAGCAGCAAGGGUCAGACAAGCAGAGUAAGGUGGUGGAGUCGCCACGGCGACGACUCAAUCCACCGCCCAUUGACAGAAUCGGGAUGGGUCGUCUGCCAAACGGCAGAGGGUAGGCCACAUCCCCUCCGUCUGAAAGCCCACCCUCUCUCCACAGCGCUCUCACUGGACAGAUGCAUGAAACCGCCAAUCACCUGCUGAACCACGCCCACACUCACUUCACCUGGACACGCCCACCUGACACCCUCACUUCACCUGGACAGCCCAACACAAAGCAUGACUGUUCAAUGAUGGUGCGUUCAAAUGCAGCUCCGUAAAGUCGGCACACAUAGAGAGGAAGUGAUUUCAACAACACCUGCGAUUUGCUUCCAUGGCAACUCGUUUUAACAAGCAUUUUAUUUACCUGUAAAACUUACAGGUAAAUAAAACUUUUUUAAAAUACUGAAUUUAAUCAAGGUGAAAUCUGUAAUGUGAGCAAAUCUCGAAUUAGCAGCACCAACAAAUAUCCUGACGUGUGAGAUUAAAUAUACUUAUUAGUUUCCACCAAUGAGAAGCUUUGAUUUCAGAUUUAUUAAGAAAUAAAUAUGUUACAGCUUCAAAAUUUGUAUUUGGAUAAAAUCAGAGCCUGAUCUCAGAAAGAUCAAAUCAUCAGAAUCGAGCAACUUUGACUAUAAUAAGAAUAAUUUGGAUGUUUUGAGUUUUUUCAUUUAUAAAUUUUUUCAUCUUUUUGAUUCUUUGCAUUUAAUAUAUAAUUAAAAAAAUUAAAGGUUAGAGUUUGAACAUUUUAACCUCAUUAGGAUUAGUGUUAGGAAACAAUAAUGCUGCAGUUUUCCGAGUGUCACCUGAAUGCACCAUCGCCGGCUCCUCCUGCUGUUGGGACCCUGACUGGAGGCGUUGUUGCCUCGACUGCCCUCGCAAUCGUCCAACACCAAUCGAGUUUCGUCCUCGCACAUUUGUCUCGGAGUUGUGCCGCAGGACUGUUUCCACAGCAACGGCACAUUUCUACUGCGACCGUAAACAGUGGACAAAGCUACUGUUACGUCAUCUCAAAGUCAUGAGAUUAGCAUUUUCAUCAUCAACACCUUAGUCGCAAAGCAGACUUCCUGUUCAAUAUGACCCAAGAUGAGUGACUGAGUCCAUCAGCAGCAAAGUGUUUACAGAGGUCAAGCUUCUACAGCGCUGGAAGUCUUUUUGCAACUGCAGCAGUCGCCACCUGGUGGCUUUUUGAUAGAAUGCAGGUUUAACUCUCCUGGAUUAGCUUUAUUUUCCUCACCAGGAAACUAUGUCCAUGUUUUAUACCAUCUAUGACGGUAACACAUCUAAAGUUUGUAAACUUGAAAUGAGAAAAAAAUAAAAUAAUAGUCCAAAAACAGGUUUAAGCGUCCGAGUGGCGCUGCAGUGGAAACUGUCCUGCUCACUGAUUCUGUUCUGAUGUGCUUCUUCCUGCCCGAGUUUAACUGUGCUUAA